AUGAAAAAUCAUUCUUGUGUAGUUACUCACGGUCAUCAUACCGAUAUUGCUUUGAAGAUUUAUAGUAACCGCAUAUUAUUAAUCAUAACACAUUUUAAAAAAUUUGGAUCACUGAUAGCCAUAAGCCGUGGAUCUUCAUUCAAUCAGUAUAAUAAUAGUAUAUAUUCUACCAAAGUAUUGUUUGGGAAAGAUGAUGUUGAACUUGUGGCAGCUGCCCGAUAUAUAGCAGAGCAAAUUAAUGUAGAUAAACCAUUAUUAAUUUCAAUAUCUUUAAAGGAUUAUGAACCAGAUACUUUAAAACCUAUAGUUGCAGCUAUAAAUGAUAUGAAAGUGUGA